CUCUACCUCCCAUGCAGGCCUGGCGCCCUGAUGUGUAUCGCCUUUGUGGACCCCGGCAAUCUGGAAGCUGACCUUCAGACGGGGGCCACCACGGGAUACCGCCUGCUGUGGGUGCUGCUGUGGUCCACCACCAUGGGAUACCUGCUGCAGGCAAGACAGAUCCUCUCCCCUGGAUGGCUGUGCUGCCUGCCUUCGCUGGCAGCCCGGCUGGGUGUGGCCACGGGCAAGCACCUGGCGGAGCACUGCCGGGAGCAGUACCCUCCGGGCGUGCGGCACGUGCUGUGGGUCAUGGCUGAGCUGGCGAUCAUCGGGUCGGACAUACAAGAGGUCAUCGGCACCUCCAUCGCCCUGCUGCUCCUGUCCAGGGGUGCGGUGCCGCUGUGGGGCGGCGUGCUGCUGGCGGCGGCCGCCGCCUACACGCUGCUCUUCCUGGAGCGGCUGGGGGUGCGCUACCUGGAAGUGGUGUUCGAGCUGCUGAUUGCAGGUGCGCGUGUGCUGUGCAGCUGGCUGGCAGCCCGCCUAGCGACCGACCGCGGCUGCCGUGCAGGCCUGGCGCUGCCCAGCCUGCCCCGCGCCGCCAUCCCCACCGCCUGCGGGCUGCUGGGUGCCAUCAUCAUGCCCCACAACCUCUUCCUCCACUCGGCGCUGGUGCACUCCAGCCGGCAGCGGCCGCGCGCUGAUCAUGGCCCCGCUGUACCGCAGGAAUCCGUGCUGUACUACAACAUUGAGGCGGGCAUGGCCCUGCUGGUCACGCUCUUCAUCAACGUGUGCGUCAUCUCAGUCUUUGCCCGAGGCUUCUUCGGCCGGGGAGGCGAGGAGGAGAUCGGGCUGGCCAAUGCGGGUGAAUACCUGGGGGCCACCUUUGGAAAGCACAUGGUUGUGAUCUGGGCGGUGGGGCUGCUGGCGGCGGGGCAGAGCAGCACGAUGACGGGGACGUAUGCGGGGCAGUUUGUGAUGGGAGGCUUCCUCAACCUCAAGAUAUCAGCCGCCAUGCGCACUCUGGUGACUCGCGGCGUGGCCAUCUGCCCCACCCUGCUUGUGGCGCUGUCGGCCAGGAGCGACGCCACGCGGCUGGACACGCUGAACCAGUGGAUCAACAUCCUGCAGAGCGUGCAGCUGCCCUUUGCCGUCAUCCCGGUGAGGGCCCUG